CCAAAAAUGAUUUUUGACACUAGUUAUUAUCACGAAGCCGUGACCAACACGAUUGCAGCUGCAGUGAGUUUAGCAAACGAGCAGAAACAUCUUAAGGUAGAGCCUAUUCCUUUGAUGUACGCGCUCUAUAGGGAUAGCCAGGGUGCCAUUCAUGCCAUUAUUUCGAACACGGGUGGCACCAGCGAUAAACAGAGCGAGUCUGUGCUUACAGCAGUUGAAAAACUGGACAAGAGGGCCGGGGGUGUUCCUGAGGUAGAGGCUGGUUUCGCUUUCUUGUACAUUCUGUGUAAGGCGAUGAAGGGGAAAGAGAGGCGAGGUGAAGGGAUUGUCGAUGGUUGUAUGUUUCACUACGGACUGUCCUUUGACUUCACUGUUGUUCGCAUGUUUGAUAAAUGCCAGGUACCUAUCCAUAAACUCCGAGAGGUUGUCGGUGGCCCGUGUAUUGAGCAGCCUAUAAGUACUGCGCCGCCACGACAGGCCAAACCAAAAUAUAACACCAGUCCACUGUUUUCUGGCAAGCGUGUGUCGGCGUUCACAGACGAUAUGAUUGCGCAAGCAGGAAAGAGCGCACCAAGCUCAGUUAUUGGCCGCGAUGAGGUGAUUCAACAGAUGGUACUUGCCCUAUGAAGUCAUAAAAAGC